AUGGCUCCUAAAGAUAUAAUGACUAAUUCUCAUGCCAAGUCCAUUCUCAAUGCAAUGAACUCUCUACGAAAAAGUAACACACUUUGUGAUGUGACCCUUCGUGUGGAGCAGAAAGACUUUCCAGCCCAUCGUAUUGUGUUAGCUGCUUGCAGUGACUACUUCUGUGCUAUGUUCACCAGUGAGGUAGGCAAGAUGCAGAGUACACACAUUUUUGUUUUUAUUCAUGCAAAUAAGAAAGUAGCUUGUAAUGCAACUUAAAAGUGCAAAAAUGUCAUUAAGGUUGCAAUUCUGUAUGCAUUUAUAGCUUGCUCUUCACCAAGCAGCCCUAAUGCACAUUAUGCACAAAGCCAUGUAAUGCUUUUCACUUACUCAGCAAUUAAAUCCAUCUUAAAUUGCAAUUAAGGUCAACAACAGCACUGCAGUAGGGAACAUCAGGUCUUAUCCUGUACCCCUAAAGAUCUAGACACCUCCCAUCAAAAAUCAUACUAAGACAAGGCCAUUUGCCCCUUGGAUGGGGGGCAUUCCACAGCCUGGGGGCCACCAUAAAAUUGGCCCUCUCCCGCACUGCCACAAGAAUCAUAUGGUGGCAGUCUUGUUAGCAGAUCUCAAUAUGCCAGUACAGUAUAAGAAAAGUUAAAUUGUAGGCUUCCUAAUGUUUCAACUUUAUAUACAAUUUAGCUUUCUUGGAUAGCUAGGCUUAAAAAUUUUUUAUCUCUGUUGCAAAUCCACACUAUUAAAUUGUUACUAAGCUGGCUGGCAAAUGUGUUUUGUCUUCUGGUCUACCAGGAAGGAAGCUUUACAAAUGUUGGUGGUUCUUUUUUAAUUUGGUUGCAAGUGACCCAUGUAAGUACAUAAUGGGUAAACAAGCCAUGCAGAUUUUUUGUAGGAUAGAAAGGCAUUACUAUGUUCUCCUCUCAACCCUGAACUCAGUGUAAUAAGGACAUUGCUGUAAUUUAUAUGUAGAGGUGCAUGUUAAUUACUUUUGGUGAAUUAAUUUGCCUGCCCCUUGACAGUAUCUAUUUAAAGCAUGUUAUUAAAGUCUGUUUCUCUGAUAUUUAAAAUAACACUUUUCAAAGUCAAAACAAAAUAAAUAAAUAAAAAAUCCUUCCAGUAGCACCUUGGAGACCAGCUAAGUUUGUUAUUGGUACGAGCUUUCGUGUGCAUGCACACUUCUUCAGAUACAUGCACACGAAAGCUCGUACUAAUAACAAACUUAGUUGGUCUCCAAGGUGCUACUGGAAGGAAUUUUUAUUUAUUUAUUUUGUUUCGACUACAGCAGACCAACACGGCUACCUACCUGUAACUAGAACUUUUCAAAGUAUUAUCCUUGCACCAAAAUGUCUGUAGGGUAUUUGUUAUAUGUUCCAUUUGCUGAAAUAUUCAUUUGAGAUUAUUAAUGCUUUAUAUCUCUUCCCCAUUGCCCACACUGUAGUUUCCAGGUUAUGUUUUGGAACCCUGUAAAACCCAGGGAAUAAAAAAAGUACUUCCCUUGUUUAUAAUUCACAGCUUUCAGAGAAGGAUAAACCUUAUGUGGAUAUUCAAGGGCUAACAGCAUCAACUAUGGAAAUAUUGCUGGACUUCGUAUACACAGAGACCGUUCAUGUAACAGUGGAGAAUGUUCAGGAGUUGCUUCCAGCAGCCUGUUUGCUUCAGCUGAAAGGUAAUGACAAAAACAUACAGUGUAGAUCAGGAGCGAAGAGCUUUUGAGAAUCCUUGAUCUGUAUUGCCCAUUUUUUAAGAUAUUUAUAAAGUGGUGAACACAAUAAGAAAACAAAUAUAUUUAGACUAAUAAACAAAUAUAAAACCAGCAGCUUCUAAUACAACAUGAGCCUAACCUUGUCUAAAAGCCCACAUGAACAAAAGCAUUGUAGCUUGAGUAAACCUAUUCAAUUGAGUGUGUCAACCACUCGGGUAAUAUGAUUGAAAAUGCCACAUUGCAGAUACCAGUGGGUGAUACUUUAGUGGGCUGGGGUCUGAAGAAAUAUCUUGAACCAUGCUCUCAACGGGCAGAAGGUUUUCCAAGGAUUCACCAGAAGUGUAGCUUGAUUAAUAAGGAAAGCCAAGAACAAUAUAAAAGUCAAGGAGGGUUCCUUUUUAAAAGUAGAAAUUUUGCCAUAAUGAAUAAAAGGAUCACAAACAUCUCUGCUUGUUCUUAUUCAAGCACAGUAAAACAUGCUUCAUCAGGUGAUGUUGGUGGAGAUGUGGUAUUUCUGUGGUUUCAUGCCUCAUGCAUUGAUUUUGUAAUUGGACAGCAAAUAGGAACUGUUCUCUAGUGCCACACUUUUUAUAUAGAAACUAAAAUUUAUGAACUGCCUGUCAUAAUUCAUUCAGAGGCAAUGUACAGAAAAUUAUACAACCAGCACUACAUAUAAAAUAAUAUUAAAACCCACAUUACACCAUAGUAAAAGGUAUAUACUUUUGCAAAUUUUCAUACAGGGACUCUUUAGUGAGAGAGUCUCCCCAUUUUAAGAUUGUUAAACUUGAAAUUAUAUGCAUACUAGGAACUGCAUCCCUGCUAGCACUUCUUGCCAGCCCCACUGCUCCUUACCAACUACCCUCCUUUUAAGCCUGGCUGAACCCCCCUCCCUUUUAUGUCACAAUUUGCAUGGCUGCCCAUUGGCCACACAGACUUUAGCUUGAUGAUAUCCUUAAAAUUUUAUUAUAUGCUAAGAUACUGAGUUCUGGGGGAAAUGCAAUCCUGAGAACAAAUGAAAAUAUAAAAUUGUAAAACUGCUGUUGAUUAGUACAGUAGUUUGGGAGCGUUUUCUGGGUAGUAAGAUAUUUAUGUCUUUGUGAAAGGGUAGAUAUUGUUUUUGUAAUAUGGAUAAAAUACAAUAGUUAAGAAUGUAUUUUACUGAUGUUACACCAUUUUUAGAAUUUAUCGCCACCAAAAAGAAUCUCAAUAUUAACUACCAAGGAAAAUGGCAGGCUGGUUAAGAUAAAAAGAUGACUUUUUAUUUACUAGAUUUGGUGUUUGUUAGGAAAAUGGAUGGAUUUGUUAAGCACAGUUUCCCCCCCUCUUAAACACUUUUCAGAACAGUGACUUAGCCCUCUGAAGUGCAAAUCAUGUCAUUUCUCACAGGAGUGAAGCAGGCUUGCUGUGAGUUCCUGGAAAGCCAGCUGGAUCCUUCCAACUGUUUGGGGAUUCGAGAUUUUGCUGAAACACACAAUUGUGUUGACUUAAUGCAGGCAGCUGAAGUUUUUAGCCAGAAGCACUUCCCAGAUGUAGUUCAACAUGAAGAAUUUAUUCUCCUAAAUCAAGAAGAAGUGGAAAAGCUAAUAAAAUGUGAUGAGAUUCAGGUAAAAUAUUCCUUCUUGUUGUCCAAAGCAAUGCUAUUGAGUUCUAGUAUUUGAUACAGGAACCAAACACAACCUAGGAAUUAACCAGUAAAAUACUGUGGAACUGACGGAUGGAGUUCAUACCUUGGAAGUUAGCAAUUUACAAUCCAUGAGCACUUGUAAGAUCUUACUAGAAUUCUGAGAAUCCUAGUUUUCAUUUCAAUAUAAAAGCAAGUUGGUAGCCUUUACAGUUACCAAGAUCUCUUUAAAGAAGCAAUGGCAAAAGAGAGAAUGUGAACAAAAAGGGGUUAGAAUGGAUGCAAGGCUAAAAUUCAGAAUUCAGGGCAGAAAGGGGGGCAGGGUGUACAAGAUGGAAGUCUGGAAUAAUCAAUACAGAUUUACAAGGAAAGCCCCUGGAAGACCUAGAGAAGAGCUCUGCACUCAAGAGGAGCCCUUACUUGCUUCUCCGGGAAUGUUCCCUGUGACACAAUGUGGGGGUGUCUCCACAACUACAGGAGGUUUCCUCUUGCAAACAGUAGCCCUUGAACUCUCAGAGGAACAUGAGAGUGACCAGAGCUCAUGCCCUUGUGCCCCUUUCCCCACCAUGUGUGUGUGUUAAACCAAGAUUCUGAAUUUCUAAACAGGGCUUUUGAGACACAGGGUGUGGGUUUUCUUAACAGUUGGUCCAUGCUCUUAAAGAGUUAUAAAUCAAUACUUAAUUUUGUGCUACAAAAUCAUUGGCAGUAAAUGAAUGAUUUAAAUUUGGUGGAAGCUGUUGAAGAAUGUUAAAGUGAGAAGUGCAGUCUUGCUAGUUACUCUGAAAGAUUUUGAAGUAUUUUGUAAGGCACCAACCAGAUCUUAAGCACAUUUGUGCUUGUAAAUGUGAUCACCCUUUUAUCAGUAGGAAAGAGCCCUCUUUGCACUACACUCAUGCUAACCCUAUCUUGUUAAAUAUAUGUUUGCCUAGGUUAACAUCAUGGGAGAUAUUUGCUUUAUGAACAAAACCCGAUUGUCCCCCUUCUUAAAAGAGCAAACCCAAAGUUGAGUUGGGUGUGUGUUAUUAUUUUUUACUUUGAUAUGGAUUUUUGUGUUUUAUGUUGUAAACCGCCACGAGAUCCUCAAACAGAGGAUUAGUAUAGAAAUUUAAUAAAGAAUAAAAAUAAAAGGGACUGCACUUUCUUCAGAGAAAAUGCUUUUUGAAAGAAAAAAUCUUGCAUGGUCAUGGUGAGGAAUAUGUGCUGGUCUUGGGUUAGAGUACUGUUUAGGGAGGGUUACAGGGGUGUUUGUUGCUGUUAACUGAUUAUUAUUUUUACCCUUAUUUUUAAAUUUUGCUGUGAUUUGUGUGGAAAUUGUUCAAUUUGGUUGUGUACUUUUUGAUGUGUUUAUUGUUUCUGAUGCUAUGGUUAUAUUUGUAACUAUGUAAUUUGUUUCAUGCUGUAAGCCACCUUGAGCAUGGUUUUAGCUAUGGAAAGGCGGCAUACAAAUAAAAGGAAGUAUAUCACAUCAUUGACAUUGCACAUUAUAUGCUUGUCACAGUUACACGACAAAGUUACACAUUUCCCCCUCUAGAGAGCUGCCUGUGCUUGCUUUGCAAGGUGGAUCUUGCUUUCCAACCACCAUAAUUUUCUGUGCAAAUGCAGCUUCCCCACACCAGAAGUACAAUCUAUGCUGCACCCCCCCUUAAAGUAAUCCCUCCUCCCAUGUCGUAGCCAUCUAUUUUUCAAAAGACUGAUUAAUUCCAUGCCUUUUCUUAUAGGUGGAUUCUGAAGAGCCUGUCUUUGAGGCUGUUAUCAAUUGGGUAAAGCAUUCAAAGAAGGAACGGGAAGCAUCCCUGCCAGAGCUUCUGCAGUAUGUGCGCAUGCCACUACUCACCCCACGCUACAUUACUGAUGUCAUAGACACUGAGGUAGGGCCAGUUGCCCUGUUAAGCAGCUCAUGGAAUAAGUCCUGCAGAACAACUGCUGUAUUUAGGAAAACCUCACUCAUAAUAGUAACUUUGUAAUGUGUUCUAGGCGAUCCUUUGCAUAUAUACAUGUUAGAAUAUGGGAACAAAGAUUAGUACCCCUGCAAUUCUCCCUGAAGAGAAACCCUAACCUCAAACCCAUCUACUUUACUGUGUAAGAACUUGAAAAAUUAUCUAAAGCAAGUCAGCUGAACAUGCCUCUCAGCAGUGAAAUGAAUGACUUAGCCUAACUGCUCCCCAUUUCCCCUCCUUCCUUCAGUAAUGUGUAUUAAUACUGGAGGUAGCCAUGAGUUCUGUGAAGCCUAAACAUAGAAAUGAGAAAGACAAUCCAAUUCUGGUAUAGCCUUUGUGCAGAAAAAGGGGGAAACUCAUCAUUAGUUGUAUAUUUUUAAUUUCCCCAUCCAUGUAAAAAAAACCCAUCCCAUAAUUUUCACUUAUUUAGCCACAGGCCUUAGCUAUUCAGAUGACUUAAUAUAACAAAAUAACAUCAGUUCUAAUAAAUGUAAUACAGCUGAUUUGCAAUCUACUACACAAGUCAAGGUUCCUUGGACAAAUAUUUGCAGCUGCCAUAGAAAAGUUAGGCUGCUUUCAGAGUAGCCUUCUUUUUAGUAUUAACAAGUAGGUAAACAAGAUUUUUGCAGUUUUGGCCAAUGGGUUCUUCCCUCCAAUAACUGAGGAAGGAAUUUCUGUGCUGUAUCCUUGAAAAUUAGGACAAUAGAAGGAAGCUCACAGAAGGCUACCUGCCACCCUACCCCAGGCAGUCCUUUGCAUUGCCUCAAAAAGGGGACCUUCCUGAAUGGUGUGGGAUGAGGCACAGGGCUUUGCUAAAGGAAGGGAGAAUUGGCCAAAAUCAAAUUCACAAAUCGGUAUCCUUAGUAUAUAAUUUUACAUUCAAACCAAAUAAGUUAAUGCAAAGGUCUUCUGGAACCAGUGUUUUAAGUUUUAAUCCUGCGAACUGUAUUUGAAUGAAGAUUUCUGUUGCAUGCUCCACCAGCUUGAUUUUUCCAUAUCUUUUAUAAUACAGUACUUGAAUUAAUGUAACUGGACUAAUUUUAGAUUAAUUUCAUUAAAUAUUAGGGUUUUUGCAGUGGGUCAUAAUGUGCAAGUAUUUCCAUUCUUCUACUAGCUAUAGGGUAUUUUGAAGAAUUGUAAAAGUGUAUAAAGAAUUGGAUAAAGUGAAAACAAUGCCUGUAUGUCUUCUGCAGCCUUUUAUUCGAUGUAGUUUGCAAUGCAGAGACCUUGUAGAUGAAGCGAAGAAGUUUCAUCUAAGACCUGAACUUCGGAGUCAGAUGCAAGGUCCCAGAACCAGAGCACGUUUGGGUAAGCAUCAGAGAAGUGCAUAUAAAAAUGGCUGGAAAAAGGUAUGGUUUAAUGUCUUCUGCCAUUUGGCAGGCUCAAAAUGAAGCAGUGCUUCAUGUUUAUAAGGAGUCUGUUCUUUAGUGUACCUGAACUUUGGAACUCCCUGUCUGUUGACAUUACACAGGUACUGUCACUGUAAUCCUUUAGAUGCCUGUUGAAAACUUUUGUUUCAGUGGGCCUAUCCAAACAUGUAAUUUUGAUAUGUAAUCUGUUCUUAAUUUGUUAUGCUUUUAUUGCUUUUAGAUGUUUUAACCAUUCUUGAAAUGUUUUAAAUAUGUGUUAUUUUAUGUUUAAUAAUGUUUUUAUUAUGGAAAUGUUUGCCACCCAGGACCUUUUGGGAGGAAGGGCAGGAUAUGAUUUUUAAAAGUAAAUAAAGCUGUGCCUUCAGGCCAUCCCCCGGAGAUUUAGGGAAGGAUGUGGGGGGAUACUGCUCAUUUGCAAAGACCUAAUAAACAUGUGGGUACAAGGACCCAGAUAGCAGCUGUAUGAUUCAAAAGAAGCACCUUCACAGCUUUGUCUAAAUAACUGCUUUAUAGGAAUAACCAGUGCUUUUUUUCUAAAAAAAAUGUUUAGGGGUACUCUCAUUUUGACUCAAGAAAAUCACCAUUUUAUAGUUCCAGUGGGGGAAAACAAACACAGUAAAUGGACAAAAGUACAAAGAUUCACAAAAUGUUUAGGGGUAUGCGUAUCCUUGUGUAUCCCCAGAAAAAAAGCACUGGGAAUAGCAGCUGUUGCCCCAAACACACCUUUGGGGAAGUAAAAUUGCUGAAAGCUACCUGUAGUUAGCCAACAUAUUCAUUUACAUACCUCAGGUCCUGCACAAACAUAAACAAUGCUCAGAAAACAAAUAAUUGUCAGCUAGGUCUUUUAAUUACUUGGAUUAGUGUGUCUAGAUAUAUAGAUGGAUGUUAAAGAUAUAGAUGGAUGUUUUAGAUGGAUGAUAGAUGGGUGUUAACUGCCUUGCAAAUACUUCUGCAAACUGUCUAGCCUCAGAAAAUUUUGCUAGCCUAUCUGCCCAUACUUGCCCACAUGGCAUAUGUGACUUAAAAGAGAAUGAAAUUGGUUAAUACUAGCUUGCUUGCAUGCAUGCCUGGAAGCUAUUGUUAAUCACGAAAGACAGCCAUAUAAAUUGCAUCUUACAAACCUGGUAUAAAUGAUAAAUAAAAUUCUUAACGUGUGUUCCAAGCAAAAGAGAAUCUCUGUAUAUGAUAAGCAAGCAUAUAAAAAUACUUCUGCUGCAGUAUGGUAUUUAAUAUUACUCUCAACUGAAGCAUUGUGUAAUGAAGGUUUGUUAGAAGAAAAUGGAAGUAAGUUAUUAGAUAAUAUUACAGCUCAGUGGUAAUUUUCAGAUACUCAAGCCUUUGCCUGUGACAGGCAUACAGAUACUUACUAUUCUUAGAUUCUGUAUAAAGCUGAAAAUUCAACAUAAAUUUGUUAAUGACAAACUGAUGAUGCUGGGAGAAAGUCAAAGCAUAUUUUUUUUAAGACAAUAUGUUCAGGAUGUUCUGGAAAGUGAGCAAAAAGGCUUCUCAUGUGGUAUGACAAACAUCCUUGAAGCUUCACUAUUAUCUUCUGGAUUGGAGCAAUUAACUGGAAAUUAAUAGAAUGGACUUGCCAAGGGCAAAUAUGGUUGGGAAACAAAGCCCAAGUGCACAGCUGCAAAAUGGGCUGUAAGGUUGUCAAGAGAGAGAAAUGAAGAUUAUAUGGCACAAGCUAAGCAUGAGUCGUCUGUGUGGUGGUGCUGUUGAAAAUUAAAGAGCAAGGGUUAUUGGCUUGGAUUCACAGACAUAGGAUAUUAAUAUAGUUCAGUUUGGCGUUAAACCAAAACUGGAUUCUUAUUGUCACACUUAUCUAGCCUUUAGUAGAUUGAUGGGCAAAAUAGCAAUCUUAAGGCUGUUGUUAAAACAGGAUUAACUAUUCCUCACAGUCAUGUAAGAAAAAGCAAAAUGCAGUGAAAUACACCAACUCAUAGAUAGGUUUGCUUAUGUGCCAUUGAAAUUUAAAAAAAAAUUAAAUGCUUAAGUUUCAUGAUUUGCAAAUUGUGUCCUGUGUUUAAAAUGGAAGCAGUAUAGAUUUAGACAUAAUUCAGGGGUGGCAAGUGGAGGGGGGACUACUAAGACUACAAAGUGCAAUGAAAUCAGUUGCUUAAUAAAAUAGUCAGGUGUCUCUUGCUGGAGAGUUUAAAAAGGUUAGGCAAUCUGUCAAGACGGCUUAAGAGUAUGUUGGCUUGUAUUUAACAACUUACCUAGCAGCCAUAGGAAUUCUAUGUAGAUGCGUUAAAGGCCUGACUGAGAGAUGGAUUUCUCCAUCCUCCUCAGCCAGCCCACUUGGUUUCCAGUCUAGCAACAGAGGAAGGAAAGUCUCUUCCUCCACAACCAUCACAGAAAUGCAGUGGGAGAAUGAAACACCCUAUCCUUUCAUCAGUCUGCAGUUUUUCAGUAGCCUGCAUUUCCAUGCUGACCACGGGUGAUGGACUUCUGUUCUCCACAGCUGGCAUGAAAAUGCAGGCCACUAGCUCCUUAGCAAGUUAUCAAAAAAUAAAACAACGGCUAGUAACACUUGUGCUUUUAUUUUCAAGGCUGAACUAGUGUGUCACUCAGCUCUACUAUUCUUGACCCACUACUUAGAGUUAAAGUGAGGAUCGGUACACCAAUAAUGGAAGUAAAAAGUAUAUACUCUAGGAUAUUAACCUUAAAGUGGUCCGUUUUUAUUCAGGUGCCAAUGAGGUUCUCUUAGUAAUUGGGGGCUUUGGAAGUCAGCAAUCACCUAUUGAUGUGGUGGAGAAAUAUGAUCCGAAGACACAGGAGUGGAGUUUCUUACCAGUAUGUAAUUCUUUGCUUUACCAUCUCUCUGCCCUCUGUUUUUUCUCUGAUUGCUUUUCCUCCGUGGGGUGGACAUACGUUUGCAAUUGGAAAUGCUUAUUUUGAACCUUGUGGUUGGAGGAGUUGUGUAGGGAAGGUUUCACAAAGAUGUUUCUAAUGCAGGCAUCUUCUCCACGUAGGAAGAUGGAUAAACCCUGUAGUCCCACUGUUGUGAAAUAGUGGGCUGGAUUCGGCCUGCCAAACCAAUGCAAGCAGCUCACCACACAUUGGCAAAAUCUUACCAUCCCUUGCAGCACUGGGCUGAGAGGUGUUUAACUCUCUGCAAUGUGUGUAUCUCACAUGCGUGUCUCAGUGGCAUCGAGCUGGCUAACAUCUGGCUAAAAAAAGGGUUAGCCAGCUCUGCUGUACAGCAUCAUCUGUGGGCAAUAAUACAUGUGUCUCUGACCAGGAGCUGAAGGGUGACUUCACACCAAGUAUAUGGGUGGCAACACAGUCUUGGACACAUGCUAGGAUAAUAAUUACCAGGAAUGAACUGCGAGUCGGAGGUCCCCAGUUCAAAUCUCAUCUCUUCCUUGAAUUUACUGGGUAAUCUUGGGCAAGCCACACUCUUCCAUUCCCACCAGCUCCCCCCUAAUAAUUUCCACCCUCAACUCCUUUGGGAGGAAGAGUGGCAUAGACUUUUAAUAAAAUACUGCCCUUUUUUGCCUUCAUAGGGCUAUUAUAAGGAUUGUCCAGAAAAGGCAUGUGAAAGGCAUUGAACCCAUGAAAGCAUUGCACGUAUAUAAAUGUUAGAAAGGCCUCUUGUGUAAAGUAGUCUGAGAUGAAGAAUUGGGGAGGUUCUGGAUGAUGACUCACAGAGCCAUCUGAAAUUUAAUGUUUUCUAAAUCACCUGGUGAGCUGUUUGCUUUCUGUAUGUCAAAACCUUUUGAUACUGCAUUCCAUUGAGGCUCUUCUCGUCUCAUGCAGAGAACCCCAAAAGUGUGCUCCAUACUGAAGAUGUGAGCGUGUGAAAUUGAAUAUAUUGAACAUAUUGUUGUAGAUAAACAGGAUAUAUAGAAAUGAUAAGCCCUGACACAUUAGUGCAGCAUUGUCUGUAUUGAUCGCACUAUCUCUGUAUGGCAUCACUAGGAAAUUGCAGGUGCCCAUCAUACCUAAAGAUACCCAAAAAAAUUGUUUCCAUUUUUUUCUUUAUGCAUAGAGUAUCAGCCGUAAAAGACGCUAUGUUGCCACAGUUUCCUUGCAUGAUCGGAUAUAUGUAAUAGGUGGUUAUGAUGGCCGUUCUCGCCUCAGUUCUGUGGAAUGCUUAGAUUAUACAUCUGAUGAAGACAGUAUCUGGUACUCUGUGGCUCCCAUGAACGUUCGACGGGGCCUAGCAGGGGCUACAACCCUAGGAGGUAUGUAUUGGUAAAUGUAUUCUAAUUCCCCUACUGAUAAUCAUUGCUGGAAACAAUCUUAAGUACAUUCAUUUUGCGGGGAAAUUAAUUCAUUUAUUCAACCAACAUAAAUGCAUAUUUGUAAAAUACUGAUUUCAAAUACUGUGAUUUGUUUAAUUCAGUUAACUGUUGUAUUACAGACAUGAUCUAUGUUUCUGGAGGUUUUGAUGGAAGUCGGCGCCACACCAGUAUGGAAAGAUAUGAUCCCAACAUUGAUCAGUGGAGUAUGUUGGGAGAUAUGCAGACAGCUCGAGAAGGAGCAGGACUGGUGGUUGCUAAUAAUGUUAUCUAUUGUCUUGGUAGGUAACCUCAGUGUAUUUACAAAUUUUUAUAUGGUAGUGCCUCAGCUGCAGUCUGGUGAAAAGACUAUGCAAGAAGCUGUCAUUAGGAAGUGAUCUUGCAAAUUUCACAGCAUUUGUAAGUUCUGUUUUGCCCUGGAAUGCCCAUCAAGUAUGAAAGGUUUCUUCCGUGGAAAGCCUUUGCAUUCAGAAUUCCAAUAUCUGAAAGCAGUAGGCUCCAUAUAUAAAUGUAGAAACAGAGCAAAGGCAAUGAUUCUGCAGGACAGAGCUCAGGAAUUGUUGCAUUGUAUCGGUCCUGUAUCUUUUGGUUUUUAAGAGGUGACUUAAUAUUUAAGAAACCAUCCCAAAGAAAUCCGUAGUAGGUGCUUAAGAGUUGUUCAGCAUAGUAGAUGCAGCAGCCCCCAGCUCCACAGGCUCCUCAGCCUACCAACCCUGAAGCCUCUGCCUCCAGGAUCCAGAUGCCCAAGCCAGACACUGCCACUACUGGCCACCUUACUUCACCAGCCAGCUUGGGGAUCUGCUGCUGCUUCUACUGCUGCCAGCUGGCCAGUUAGGAGUCAGUCUGACAGGAGGAGUGUGGGAACAAGGAAAGUUGGUAGAAACAGUGGAUAGUUGGCCUGAUAAUCCACUGCUGCAGUCGCCACCGCCAAUCUCUAGGCUGGCUUGCUGCUGCCUUCCUCUUUCUGCAGUUCUCCUCCUGCCAGUCUGACUCUUCAUCCUAAAAUGUUUGGCAACAGCACAAGAAAGUCUAAGUCUUUCAUGAUCCUCCCUGCACUCCUCCUUUGCACCUCUGACAUCAGGAGAGGCAAAGGAGAAGUGGUGGCAAUGGGGAGAUUGUAAAAGGCUUUUGGUGAGCUCUUAAGGGGAUGUGGGUGUUUUUUGUGCAGAGGUUGGCUUGGUGAGUGAAGUGAAGCGAGCAGGGGCAAUAGCCCCUCAUAAAAGUAAUACAAGUAAUUUAAUGGGUUCCUCUGUUUUCAGGUGGUUAUGAUGGUCUAAACAUCUUAAAUUCUGUGGAGCGAUAUGAUCCCCACACUGGGCACUGGACAAAUGUCACUCCAAUGGCCACAAAGCGCUCAGGUGAGAGUCCUGAUCAGGGUGGGGAGCUGUUGGCAGUAUACCACUGUCUUUAACAGUAACGGUGGUUUAAUAGGGACCAUCUGAUUAGAGUGAGAAUUUUGUUCUUGCUUCUCCCUGCAACUGUACUCGUACAGAGUAGAGCUCCUGAAGCUUCCAAAUAAUGAAUCUGGAAUUUGCCAAGGACACCAGUAACCAGCCCUCUCUUCCCAGCAGCUCUCCAACUACCACAGGGUUGUAUCAAACAGUUCAUGGAGUUCUGCUCAUGCAAUGUGACUUCCACUUCUCCCUGCAUGCUCCCAACAUCUGCUCCAGACAGUCCCCCAGCUUCCUGGAGCAGAUUUUUUUUGGGGGGGGUAGUGGUGGUUAGGAUUAGGGUUAGAGAAGAUGUCCUAUUACACUACACAAGCCUGUUUUGUGAGGACUGUUAGAUACAAUUCAUAAUAUCUGAAUAGCCUUCACAAUAUAAAACAUCUGUUUUCUCUCACUCCUUUAUACAAUUAAGACAGUUUGCAUACUGUCUUUAAAUGUAUAUAAAUGUAUACUUUUCUUGGAUAUCUUUAAGCAACUUUGACAUCCUGUGCAAACAUUACAGUUCCGGGAAGAUUACUUUCCCCCUGUCACCUUUGCAGUGGUAGACUGUGACUAUUAAAAGAGGCAGGCAUUAUGAUAACUUCACCCACCAAGGGGCUUGUUCAUUUUCAGAAGGCAUCCAGAUAUGCCUUAUAUCCAUCCAGAUAUGCCUUAUUGUGGGAUUUGGUGCCACAUUCCAUGGUUUUUCUUUCCCAGGAGCUGGAGUAGCCUUGCUGAAUGAUCAUAUCUAUGUGGUUGGAGGGUUUGAUGGAACAGCACAUCUCUCAUCUGUGGAGGCGUAUAACAUUCGCACAGACUCAUGGACCACAGUGACCAGCAUGACAACCCCCCGCUGUUAUGUGGGAGCAACAGUCCUGAGGGGACGACUUUAUGCCAUAGCAGGGUAAGGGGGCCAAGCUUCACUCAGAAAUACCUUUAAGCCCUAGCAUAGCUGGGGAAGUCUGUCUAUACUUUUUAUAAGUGCAUUAGAUGCCCAGUAACAAGGCAAAAGGCCCAUCUGAUACAGCAUUUGUUUUAGCGCACUGAGGCACAUGAGCAAGAUAAAAAAUGCAGGCGGGGUGAAUGCUGUUGUGCACAGUCUUGCUUGCAGCCUCCCUAUAGGUAUCUGUGAGAACAGGAUGCCGAAAUAGAUGAGCUACUGGCAUACCAGGCGUGAGUCUUCCUUCUGUGGAAAUGUAAUCUGUAGAUUGGUCCAUAGGGUGGGUUUGUGGUAACAUGGUCAAAGAUGGACAUGGCAAGUGUUUCCUUGCACUGACCUCUCACAAAAUACAAGAGUUCUGUCAUCGUAUGACUUAAUAGGGAUGGGUGCGCCACCGCUCCAAACUAUUAUCAAGUCAUCGUCUCCUUUUUAAGAGUUCCAGACUUCAACACGUUCUCAUCAGUAAUCUUCUCUCACGUGUAGGUACGAUGGGAACUCGCUUCUGAGCAGUAUUGAGUGCUAUGACCCUAUCAUUGACAGCUGGGAAGUGGUGACAUCACUGGGAACCCAACGGUGUGAUGCUGGCGUUUGUGUGCUGCGUGAGAAGUGA